CCGCUGCCCUUGCUGUCGCCAUGGAGACGGGCCCCGCGGCCUGACCCGCGCCGAGGAGCCUUUGGUCCAGCAGGGCCUGCCCUGAGGAAGGGGGCCCCUCAGCGCCCUCCCGAUCCCGGGCAUGAGGCGGGUGUGUGGCCGCCCGGAACCGCCACUGAGCUGGGGGGGGAAGAGAAAAGGACUGUGGGCCUUAUGAGAACAUUUUAAGAGCUACAUGAUCAGAUUAAAGGAGCCUGCACUGAGAAACUGAGGCCACCAUUUUGCGGCUGGGAUGAACAUCUGCAAUAAACCACCUAAUAAGACAGCACCAGAGAAGAGUGAUGAAGCAGCUCAUGAGGUCCAGUUCCAGCAUGCCCGGAGAAAUGGCUGGAGCUGGCCUCCACAUCCAUUCCAGUUUGUUGCUUGGCUGCUCUACCUCUUCUUUGCAGUGGUUGGCUUUGGUGUCCUUGUGCCACUCCUGCCUGCGCACUGGGUUCCUGCUGGGUAUAUUUGUCCCGGAGUGUUUUUUCUCUGCCAUCUAGUAGUUCAUCUUACAGCAGUUUCUAUUGACCCAGCUGAUGACGGUGUGCGAGAGAAGAAUUACCAGGGGCCACUCACUACUUUCAAUCGAAGCCAGCAUGCUCACGUCAUUGAAAACCGCCACUGUCACAUCUGUGAUGUCAAUGUGAGCUCCAGAUCAAAGCACUGUGGGACCUGCAACAAGUGUGUGUGUGGAUUUGAUCAUCACUGCAUGUGGCUUAACAACUGUGUGGGAGAGAGGAACUAUUGGCUUUUUCUGAACAGUGUGAUAUCUGCCAUCCUAGGCCUUCUCCUAAUCCUACUCAUUGCUUGCUACGUUUUUGUGGAGUUCUUCCUUAACCCCAUGAGACUGCGCACAGACCAGCACUUUGAAGGCCUGAAGAACCAGACGGAUGUGUGGUUUGUGUUCCUUCCUGCUGCUCCCAUUGAGACACAAGGACCUGCCAUUUUGGGUUUGACUGGGGUUCUGAUUCUCCUGGGGCUGCUGACUCUGUUCCUGUUGGGUCACCUGCUGAUCUUCCACAUUUACCUCAUGUGGCAUCGAUUGACCACCUACGAAUACAUUGUGCAGCAACGCCCCCCUCAGGAGAUGAAGGAUCCUGUCAAGCAGCUAGAAUCCUGCCCUCCUCAAGUGAGGCCUAUUCAGGAAAUGCAGUUUUAUGUAGGAAGCCUUGGAUAUACCAAUCCUGAGAUCCAGGUGGAAGACUCUACAGGAUUAGCAUCUGGGAAAGACCUAACCAAGUUCUGCAUUCGCAGUGAUGGCUCAGACACCAAGCUCAUCCUCACCCCUGAGCAAUCAGAGGUGCAAGAUGGAGACCAGCCACAGAAAAAGAAGAAGAAGAAAAGGAGAAAGAAGUUGCAUAAGGUCCCCUCUUCUGUGUCAGAAGAAAGAUCCAAGAUGGCUGAUGGCCCAUGGUCCUCUCUUCCAGCUUUACAACCAGAACUUUCCAUCACAGGUGCCACCUCCUCAACAUCCUCGUCCUCCAGCCUUCGCCUUCCCAUGCCGGCUGCCCCUCCCAAAAUAGUCACACCCACAGGCAGCAACGGUCCCGUCCAGGCCGCAGGUCCUCCAGCUGACUACCAUUCCGAGUCAGCCGAGUCCAUGGAUGAGAUCCCUGUGGCUCAGACGCGUCUGGGGAGCAGUGCCCCAAAUGCAGCUUCCCAGAGCAACGCUCGGCAUCUCCCCUUCCCCACUGUCCACUCCAGAGGGGGAGGAGAGAAGCACCAGAACACCACGCACAACCCAAAAGACAAGAACUGUCAGCCACCUGCAGGGCAGCGGGUGGAAGAGCUGGAACUGUCUCCUAAGAUCCCAACCAUCUUUGUGAGCAAAAGCAGUGGGGAGCCACCUGUCCCCAAACCCUGGUCCGGUGAAACAUCAUUUGAACCCCCCCACAGAAAAUGCUCCAGUAAACGGCACGUGGAUGAUCAGGACUGCCACGUAUGGGACUCAACCACCAGUUCAACUGCAGCUUAGACAUCCUAAGAGCCAAGGCAGAAGAAGGGAUGUGUGGGCUGCUCACUCUCCAAAUAUAUUCCUGUUCAAGGAUUUAA